CAAGCUGGGAAAUAUCUUCAGUAGCUUAACGACUAUUAGCUUCUCAAGAAGGACUUUGCUCCAUAAUGGAGUUAGUUAUAAUAUGUAAGAAGCUUUUCGCUGGAAGUACGGCUGCCUACAGAUUCUGAAACAUCACCGGCAAGAAGGAAGCACCCAGUGGUCAGGUAUGCAAUGAACUUGGGUAGCUUGGUAAGACAGUGGGUACACUGGCCUGGAUUGUCUCUGAAGUUGACAGCGGUAUCUUCACCAGCGAGGCGGCAGUGUGUCGUGAAUACCUGUGAGGAACGGAAGUGUGGUGAUAUGGGCUCUGGUAAUGCGAUAUAUCGACUGUCUUCAAGAAGUAAAUCACCGCCUUCUUCAGAAUUUAUGGGUUUCAUUGGUGUCACGAUUUGCGUGGUGUGUUCAAUGAUGGUGCUGUGUGCCGGUGUAAGAACCCCGCAAAGAUCUGAGGUGGUGCAGGAACCACCUGAAGGUUACUACGCGUUCGUCGAAUCUCCAAAUGCAGAGCCACCCAGAGUCAGGCGUCCGCCGUAUCAUCAGUCGGACAAGGAGUGUCCAGGUACACUUGGUCACAAUCGGCAGAAUUCUCUCUACAACUUAUGCGGGGACCUCAACAAAGGCUUCAUCCCACAGAAUCCAAUGCGACAGAAAGUGCUGGGAGCAGUCUACCCUUUUGAGCUUGUGCGCAACAAGACCCUCGAGUUCUUCAGCCAAACACUGCCUAUCCUGAAAGCAGACGAGACUCUGCCUAGAGUUGCCAAGUACCACCAGGAGCCAGCCCAGUGGCCUACCAGUUCCCUUGCCCAUAACUCGAUAGCGCCAGAUCACAGACACCGCUUAAAGAGGGCUGCUGAGACAUCUCACCCUGAUGAGGACAAUGAACAACCGAGGCAGGCAAGAGACAAGACGAUAAUCAGUACCAUCAAACGGGAAGCCAGGAAAUUCUGCGAGAAUGGAGGAGGAGUAUUCUGUAUGCUAUACAGAGCGUUCAAUGGAGAACCUCUGGCCUCUGGAGUUGUUGAACGUAGAGAUGAUGUUGGCGGAGAAACACCUGAGUAUCGAAGAGGGGAAGGUACUUCUAUGACUGCAGUGGGUGGGCAUCAUGAUCCUUCCCUGCCACCAACACCUUGUCCUGCCAAAGUGGAUUAUGCAACUCCUGUUUUUGCCAAGAAUUACCAGGGUGUGUGGCGCUAUGUGGUGCAGAUCCCAUAUGAAGGUUAUUUCACUCAGACUGUAGAAGUGACUAGAUGUCUGCAAUCACGCUGUCAUUACCUUGAUGGUGGCUGCAUGUCUUCACCAAGAUGGACAAGCCUACUCGUUGCAGAAAUUUAUUACCCAGAUACUUUCCUGCCAGCUGCACCAGGAGGAAGAUGGCCACCACACAGAAAUCCUGUGACGGGCGAAAAUCCACCUCCAGUACAUGAUUUCCAGAAUUAUCAACAGUACUUGCGAAAAAGAGCAGGUGUCCAAGCACCAGCAUCUACAGACAGUCCAACUAUAACAACACAGACACCAAGCAAAAACUCUUCCCAUUGUGAUGGAAUUGAUGACAUAGGCUGUUUUCAGGUCCGUUUGUAUUAUGACUGGUUCCUCAUCCCAGGAAGUUGCAAGUGCUGGAGACCAGAUUACUUCUCUCGCUACAUCAGGCGGAAGGUUGUCACUUCUGAUCUCUAACCCUACAUGUGAUCCUGUCAUUAGCUCAUAACUGUACAUUACUUUACUUUGCAUAAUUUAUCAUCAGUACAAUACUUUACUUUGUAUAAUUUAUCAUCAGUCAACCAGGAAUAAUAAGAGAGGCAAAGGGUGAUUAGUUUACUUUAACAUAACAGUUGACAGUGAUAAAUUUAAUCCAUAUUCAAAUUGAAUUACUUUUUAUUUUCACAUAUUCCCAUUUUUGUAUGGUCCCUAUUCUUGUACUCAGUAACUGGCAAUAAUUCCAUUUGCCUUUCCUUUAAUUUGUUACUUCAGUCACUUUGAAAUUCCUUAUAAUCAUAGUUAUUUUAGUUUCCCUCUUCCACAUUUCUAAGUUCAUUUUCCAGUGAAUUUACUAUUUGGUUGUCUUCGUGCAUCUGUACCAUCAAAAUACUUUAUUUGUAUCCUCUACAAGAUAUCUUAUUUAUGUCCAUAUUCCUCAGACAUAAUUAUGUCAGUAAGGUAUUUAUUUAUAUGUUGUUGCAUCACAGUAUCCAGAUGUUUGAACCCUGCACUCUACAAAUGCAGAGGCCUUUGUGUUGCACUUCAGUCAAGAAAAGAUUGAAGAUGAAUGGUGGGAGUUCCCGACUGCUUCUCCACCCUACCUAUAUUGCACACCUCCCCUCCAGCAAUACUGAUUAUAAACUGAGAAUAAAGAGAGGGAUAGAGAGUCCGUAGAUGGAACAAGGGCCAAAAUGCAAGAGAUGGCUUGAGGGAGACAUGCAGCAGGGUGCUACUUGCUAGCCGGAAGGUUGGCGUAGGAUCUCAGUUCAUUUUUGCCUUGACCUGAUUUUAGUAAGUCUUUAGUGCUUCUGAAUUACAACUCAAGCUCAAGAAUAAAAAGUUAAGGGAAAUUAGUUUAAUUUUUGUAUCAUGUACUUUUUUCUUAAUCAGAAAACUGUUACUCCCUAAGAGCCAGGUUCUUGCAAACAAGGACUCAGGUUGAAGAAUCAGAUGUUCCUUCCUUCAAGUUGGUUCAGAACACAUACAAA